GAUAUACAUUAAUUGACUCCUUCACGAAGUCCGGUCCCCUCUCUCUCUCUCUCUCUCUCUCUCUCAGUCUUGUCUUCUUCGAAGAAUCGAAAGAUCCAAAGUUAACCGAGGAGGAACUCGCUGUCGCUCAUGCAUUCGCUGUCGCUGCCACUCGCCGUCUCACUCUCACACCUCGCUGACUUCUCCUGGCCGUUGCGCAUCAAGAACUCGAAUCAAUAACCUACAACUUGUCAAAAUAAAAAACCUCAACCACUAUAUGUACAAAUAUGAAAGAAAAAGGAAAUUGCUUUUGGAUUUUGGUUUUUGGCUGAGAAAGAAUUAGAACUUGAUUCGAGUGGAGCUGCAGAGAACAUUCAACCUGUUGUGCUCCACAGUUUCAGGAAGAAAAUAAGAUCACAAAGCAAAUCCAAGCAUUAUACAAGAAUGGGAAGCAAUCAAGGAGAUGGAGCAGAGACAGAGAGCAGGUGUGCAGUAGUUAGCGGUGCAAACAAGGGUAUUGGCUUGGAGGUGGUGAGGCAGCUUGCAUCUCAAGGGGUGCUGGUGGUGUUGACGGCCAGGGAUGAGAAGAGGGGAAGAGAAGCAACAUCAAAGCUCCACAAGUUGGGUCUGUCAAAUGUUGUCUUCCAUCAACUUGAUGUCUUGAAUCCAGUUAGCAUCCACUCCCUGGCCAAGUUCAUACACGCCAGAUUUGGCAGGCUUGAUAUCUUGGUUAAUAAUGCUGGAGCUACUGGAGCACUGUUGGAUGAGAAAGUUUUAAAAUCCCUAAACAUUGACUCCAAAACUUGGGUAAGUUAUGGAUUUCUCCUUUCUCACGAGAAGCACUUACGUAAAACAAGGACGCCAAAGCGGAGUCUCAAACCAAUUACGCAACACCAUAUGCUUUCAGAGAAAGCGGUGAACCAAAUUCAAGGUGCAAUUAAAUACACUUAUGAGAAGGCUGAGGAAUGCUUGAAUACAAAUUACUACGGGGUUAAAAGAUUAACCGAGGCACUUCUCCCACUCUUGCAACUCUCCACUCUAGGAGCAAGAAUUGUCAAUGUCUCCUCCCUGAGGAGUGAACUCAAGAGGAUACCAAGUGAAGAGAUCCGAAAUGAGCUCGGGGAUGUAGAAGCACUGACAGAGGAGAAAGUGGAUGCAGUUUUGACAAGAUUUCUGCAUGAUUUUAAACAAAACGAACUCGAAGUGAAUGGAUGGACAAUGAUGUUACCUGCAUAUAGCAUUUCCAAAGCCACCCUCAAUGCCUACACUAGAAUCCUUGCCAACAAGUACCCAAACAUGUGCAUCAACUGUGUGCAUCCAGGCUUUGUUAAUACAGACCUCAAUUGCCAUACAGGGACCAUGACUGUCGAAGAAGGGGCUGCCGGUCCGGUCAAGUUGGCUCUUCUACCCCAUGGAGGCCCUUCCGGCUGCUAUUUCGAUCAAACUGAAGUCGCAGAUUUUUAAUGAUAAAGACAUAUAUAAAUGUAAGGUUUCUGAAUUCUCACCCCUAUAUAUGAUACAUGUACAAGACUGAUGUUAAAUUCCAAGUUAGAAAGCGUCUUUCUCUAGUUUGGCCAAUGGAGAAAUACCUCACGGAAAACC